UUGCAAGCAAAAAGCCGUCACCUUUCGAUUCCACCCAUAAUCAAACGCUUUACACCAUGGCGGACGAUGGCAUGCUCUUGAACUUCACCAUCGGUGACAGUAUCAUCAAGCCAGAAACCAAAAUCAAAGGUGGAUCAUGGCGCGACCGUUUGAGCGCCCGGAAAAUCGCCCAGCAUCGAGGAAAUCCCCGCAAAGAAGGUGCCGGCAAUAAGAAUGCAGAGAGGAACGUGAAGAAUCCCAACCAGAUUCAGGUUUCUGGGUCGCGACCCCCGAAGAGGCAGAGGACGGACGGAGAUUUUCAGUCGGAUCAUCAUGAUGACCCCGCCGAGUCGUCGCGAAAGCCCCAGCAGCAACAGCAGCAGAAGCCACGCCAGAUUAUCUCGUCGCUGUUCUCGUUUAACCCGAGUGCGAAGAAUGUGGAGGAGCCGAAGGAUGGUGAAGAGGGACCGGCCGAGGAGGUCAAACCGACAAAUGCGCCUUUAAUCGACGGACUGGAUACCUUUACCAACCUGGGUCUGUCGCCGAACCUGGCAGCCCACCUACUCACGAAGCUCGAGUUGAAAGCCCCGACUGCGAUUCAAAAGGCAUCGAUGUCCCAACUCCUAAAGGAAGAAAGCGACGCAUUCAUACAGGCCGAGACGGGUUCCGGAAAGACGUUGGCUUAUCUCCUGCCACUGGUACAAAGAAUCAUGGCCGUUUCGCAAAGCCAAAAAGACCAGUCCAAGGAUUCGGGUGUUCAUCGGGAUAGUGGAUUGUUUGCGAUUGUGCUCGCACCGACUAGAGAAUUGUGCAAACAAAUAUCCGUCGUGCUGGAAGGCUUGCUUCGCUGCGCGCAUUGGAUCGUGGCUGGAACCGUCAUUGGUGGUGAGAAGAAGAAGUCGGAGAAGGCUAGAUUGAGAAAAGGAUUGAAUAUCCUCGUUGCAACGCCUGGACGACUUGCUGACCACCUUGAAAAUACACAGGUGUUGGAUGUCAGCAACGUUCGGUGGUUAGUGCUAGAUGAAGGUGAUCGAUUGAUGGAAUUGGGUUUCGAGGAGGAGUUGCAAAAUAUCGUGAAGAAGCUUGAUGCUAGACAACGCCCCAGUCGGAUUCCCGGUAUCCCUCCGAAGAGAACUACGAUUCUUUGUUCGGCUACGUUGAAGAUGAAUGUGCAAAAGCUAGGAGAGAUCAGUUUGAAGGAUGCAGUGCACAUCAAGGCAGAUCCCGCCGACGAGGAUGAAAACACCAAGGCCAAGGAUGAAGAUGAAGCUUUCAGAGUACCGGCUCAGCUCAAGCAAUCCUACGCUGUUGUUGCGGCUAAGCUUCGACUGGUUACGCUGACUGCGAUGCUGAAACGGACAUUUAUGAGGAAGGGCUCCGUGAUGAAAGCUAUUGUCUUCGUCUCCUGCGCCGAUUCAGUCGACUUUCACUUUGAAGUAUUUACACGAAAAAAUUCCUCGGGUGAAGAUGAAGAAGAAAAGGAAAAGAGCGAUAGCGAUAGCGAUAGCGAUAGCGACGAAGAAGAGUCUGAAAAGCCCAAGAAGCCCGAACUUUCACCUCACGGAACCAUCGCCCCUGCUACCGCAUUCUCCAACGCCUCGAACCCAGUGACAUUACACAGACUCCACGGCUCUCUCCCCCAGCACGUCCGAACCGCCACCCUGAACUCAUUCGCCCGCAACCGCGACCCCUCCGUGCUUAUCUGUACCGAUGUCGCAUCCCGUGGUUUGGAUUUGCCAAACGUCGACCUGGUCGUGGAAUACGACCCCGCCUUCAGCGCCGACGAACACUUGCACCGUAUCGGACGUACAGCCCGUGUCGGACGCGAUGGACAAGCGAUGAUCUUCCUCUUACCCGGAAACGAAGAAAACUACGUUGAAAUUCUCAAGCGCGGUUAUCGGGAUGGCGGAAAGGCACUUAAACGCACAGACGCCAACGAAUUGCUUAAACGAGGAUUCGGAGGCAACAUCAAGUCUGAGAUUAAGAACUGGGAGGAAAAAGCAACAGACUGGCAACUCGACGUUGAGCGCUGGGCACUGGAGAACCCGACAUAUCUGGAGAUGGGUCGACGAGCAUUCCAAUCCCACAUCCGUGCCUAUGCCACACACAUUGCCAACGAACGAAACAUGUUCAACAUCAAAGAGCUGCACCUGGGACACUUGGCGAAGAGUUUCGCGUUGCGUGAUCGUCCCGGCAAGAUCAACGUCCCUGGUCUGCGACCAGGCAAGGAGGACACGAAGAAGGAUUUCAAGGCGGGCAGAGGUUCAGCCGCAGGAAGCAAGAGAAAGGCCGGUGAUGAUGGUGAUGAUGCUCCUCGUUCGCAUGAAAACUUUACAGCGGCCCAGAAGAUGAGGGCGAAGAUGAAGGAGCAUAUGGCCGGGGCGAACGAAUUCAACCUUGCUUAGACUCUCUCUGUUUUCCAACUCGGUAUAUAGAAGCGAUCGAUGAUCUCAAUAGAUAUCCCAUAAUGAAAUUUUUCCAUCUUUUGAGCCAGCGGCUAGCCAGUGUGUUUUUUGUGCUUUUUGGUUUCUUUGAUGCUGCACUGUUGCAAGCGAAUAGUCCCCUUCACGUCGAGUAAGCUGCUGCUGCUGCUGUUGCUGAUUACUGUCGUCUUCUUUUUCUGACGAUCCAGCAUUAGUAUCUGUAGAGACACUAGAACUCGAAUCCGUAGAUAUCUCCGCAAACCCAACAGCAUAACACCCCUCCUUAUGCCACUUAAGCACCGCCAACUCCUUCAUCGUCUUGCACGAAUAAACCCUAACCCUACAAUCCCACCCAGCAGUCGCAAACACCUUCCCAUCAGAUCGUAUCCGCAAACCCUGCUGACCAGCAUGUUUCGUAUUAACCGUCUUCAAAGGCUUCUCUUCCACAUACCCCGUCCCCA